UUGACUUCAAGUGUUUCCUGUAGGAGUGCGAAUGGGACGAGAGACAGGCGUAAACGGAACACUAAGGAAAACAACAACCGGAACUCUUGGUUAAAGGCCGUAAGACUACAUUUACACUUGCGUUACAGCGUCAGAAGACACUCGGGUCGGAAGAGGCCAGCGAAGUGGCCGCCAUGGAAGCGGUGCCCCGGAUGCCCAUGAUCUGGCUGGAUCUGAAAGAGGCUGGGGAGUUUCAGUUCAGCCCGGCCGUGAGGCAGUUCAUCCUGAAGAACUAUGGGGAGAAUCCAGACAACUACAAUGAUCAGCUGAAGAAGCUGGAGCAGCUGCGCCAGAGUGCGGUCAAUGUGACCAGGGACUUUGAGGGCUGCAGCACCCUGAGGAAGUACUUCGGUCAGCUGCACUACCUGCAGAGUCGUGUGCCGAUGGGCUCCGGCCAGGAAGCCGCCGUGCCCAUCUCCUGGACCGAGAUUUUUUCUGGGAAGACGGUUACUCACGAUGACAUCUGCUAUGAACAAGCGUGCAUCCUCUACAACCUGGGGGCUCUCCACUCAAUGCUGGGUGCCAUGGACAACAGGGUGUCGGAGGAGGGCAUGAAGGUGUCCUGCACGCACUUUCAGUGCUCGGCGGGGGCCUUCUCCUACCUGAAGGACCAUUUCAGUCACAGCUUUAGUGUGGACAUGAGUCACCAGAUCCUCAACCUUAACAUCAACCUCAUGCUGGGCCAGGCUCAGGAGUGUUUGUUGGAGAAGUCAAUGCUGGAUAACAGGAAGAGCUUCCUGGUGGCUCGCAUCAGUGCCCAGGUGGUCGACUAUUACAGAGAAGCGUGCUGGGCCUUGGAGAACUCAGAUACGGCUUCUUUGUUAGGGAAGAUUCAGAAGGACUGGAAGAAGCUGGUGCAGAUGAAGAUCUACUAUUUUGCUGCCAUUGCUCAUCUGCACAUGGGGAAGCAGGCGGAGGAGCAGCAGAAGUACGGGGAAAGGCUGGCCUACCUGCAGAGCUCCCUGGACAAGCUGAAUGAGGCGAUGAAGCUGGCCAAGGGGCAGCCUGACAGUGUGCAGGAGGCCUUACGCUUCACCAUGGACGUCAUCGGAGGAAAGUUCAACUCUGCUAAGAAGGAUAAUGACUUCAUCUACCAUGAGUCUGUGCCUGCUCUGGACACGCUGCCUUCUGUAAAAGGUGCACCCCUGGUGAAGGGCCUACCGGUGAACCCUACUGACCCCAGCGUUACUGGGCCAGACAUCUUCUCCAAGCUGGUGCCGAUGGCAGCCCACGAGGCCUCCUCUCUCUACAGCGAGGAGAAAGCCAAGCUGCUGAGGGAGGUCAUGGCCAAGAUCGAGAGCAAGAACGAGACUCUGGAACAGUUUAUGGACUCGCUGUGCCUGGACUCCAACACCGUGGACAACCUGGACAUGUACGAGCACAUCCCACCCAUGCUGAUGGAGAGGUGUGCUGCCCUGAGCGUGCGGCCCGACACCGUCAAGAGCCUCGUCCAGUCCAUGCAGGUGCUGUCAGGCGUGUUCACAGAUGUGGAAGCCUCACUGCGUGACAUUCGGGAUGUUCUGGAUGAGGACGAGGCAGGAGAGCGGAGCCUGGAGGAGGCAGGGGUGAAGCCGCCCCCCCAGCCGCCCCCUCUUGCCGAGCUGCGCCGUGACCUUGAGAAAUAUCUGGAAGCUCAUGAGAAAGCCAGCUUCACCAAUACCGAGCUACACCGUGCCAUGAACCUUCAUGUGCCCCACCUGCGGCCUGGAGGGCCGCUGGACAGCCUGCGGGAGACGCUGCCACAACCCCAGCUCAGUGAGGACGAGCUUGCAAGUCUUCACUGCAUGAAGCGCAUUCUGGGGAAGGUGCAGGAAAUGCGAGACCAGCGGAUCCUAGAGAAGCAGUUGCGCGACCUUAUCCAGCAAGACGACAUCACGUCUGUCCUGGUCACCACUGAACGUGCAGACAUGAAGAAAUUGUGAGAGCAGCUGAAGAAAUACGAUCAGGUGAAGCUCUACAUUGACCAGAAUCUGGCCGCCCAGGAGAACAUCCUCAAAGCGCUAACGGAGGCUAACGUGCAGUAUGCCAUGGUGCGCAAGGGCCUGACGGAGACGGAGCACAAGUGGAACAACACCGUGCAGAUGCUGGUCUCCUCCUAUGAGGCCUAUGAGGACCUCAUGAAGAAGUCCCAGGAGGGCAGAGAGUUCUCAGACCUGGAGGGGAAGGCCUCCCAGCUGCUGGAGAAGGCCCGCAGCACAUGCAAGGCCCGUGAGGAGGAGCGCCGAGCCCUUCUGGAGAGGGAGCUUCAGAAGAAAGCCCCCCCUCGGCCCACAGCCCCUAAACCCCCCCUGCAGAAGAAACCAUCUGAGAUGGACUCCUCCAGCUCCCUGGAAGACCCUGAACUGGCCCAGUUAAACGCGGCCAUCCUCAGUCUGGGGGGGGAUGUCCCUGAGGAGCUACGCAGCAUGCCCCCAGACAUGUCCUUCCCAGGGGUGGGAAGGGUAGGAGCUCGCCCCCCCGGCCCUGACACCCUUCUUGCCUGGGGCCGCAGCCGCCUCACUCUAGCCAGCCCACUUUCCCAGCCUUCACCUGUGCCUGGUUACGCCCUUCCGCAGUCCCAGCCGUGCCCACCAGGGAGUGCAGUUGUCGUGAGACCAUCCACUACCACGGUGGACAGCGUGCAGACACCCAUUCCCAGCUACGCCUCGACCCCCCGCCAUGCAAUGCCCCCCAUCACCUCUACUGUUAUAUGCCCCCACCUCAGAUGGGCCAUUUUCCCCAGUAUCCCCCCCAGUACGAAUGCCCCCUCAGGGAUACCCCCAGCCACAAGUCCCAUUUCCCCAGCAGCCCCACAGUGCCCCCAGCCUCCCAGGUCUCCCCAUAUCCUGGCCAAACCCCAUUGCCACGAGCAACCCUCCCCCCCCAACAGCCGAUGCUUCCAGCAUCUGCCCCCUCCAAGCCUCCUGGCAUUCUACCCCACCAGCCUCAGCUGCCCCCGGCCUCUAGUCCCGCCCAGCACCCCCUUCCUCUCGGCAUUCUGCACUCCGUGCCUCCUGGUGUUCUGCUCCACCAGCCUCAACAGCCCCAGUUGCCUUCGGUUUCUGUUCCCUCCAAGCCGCAGUUGCCUCCUGGUGUUUUGCCCCACCAGCCCCAAAUGCCCCCAGCCUCUGCCCCCUCCCAACCACUGUUGCCUCAUGGUGUUCUGCCCCACCAUCUCCAAAUGCCCCCAGCCUCUGCCCCCUCGCAGCCCCCUUUGCCUCCUGGUGUGCUCCCCCGCCUGCCCCAAAUGCCCCCAGCCUCUGCCCCUUCCCAGCCAACCCCCAAAUGCCCCAGCCUCUGCCCCCUCGCAGCCCCCUUUGCCUCCUGGUAUUCUGCCCCACCAGCCCCAAAUGCCCCCAGCCUCUGCCCCCUCGCAGCCCCCUUUGCCUCCUGGUAUUCUGUCCCACCAGCCCCAAAUGCCCCCAGCCUCUGCCCCCUCCCAACCACCGUUGCCUCAUGGUGUUCUGCCCCACCAGCCCCAAAUGCCCCCAGCCUCUGCCCCCUCGCAGCCUAUUCCGCCUGCUGGCCAUUUGCCCCCUAAUCCUCAGCUGCCUCUUGCCUCUCUGCCUGGUCUGCCCCAGCAGUCAGGGACAGUGUGCUACACGGGAGGGGGUCCCGUCAUGCCCCAGCCUCCUGCUGGCCCUGUUCAGCCGCAGAGUUCCUGCCCCGGUUACUGUCCCCCUACCCCACCUCCCGGGGGUCAUGUACCCCAACCAGCCCCUACCCCACCACCAAUGCUGCCACCCGGUUCGGGCUCAUCAGCCAGCCAGCCCCCCAGCAUGAUGUCGCCAUCUCCCUCCCCAGUGCUUAUACCCCAGCACCCCUCUCCUUCUCCCUCCCUCACUGGAAGCACAGGAGUGACCCACCUCCCCCAUCCUGGCUCUGCCUCCUCUCCCCCCGUGUCCUCCGCCUCCCCACCUCCCGCCAGCAGCUUGGGCCCCUUAUUCCAGCGAAUGAGUUCCAGCACAGAUGACCUCCUGUCCAGCAGCCCUGAGGGUCUGCACGGGGGCCCCAAGGCGGCCGGCCACGUACUGCUACCCACCAAGGCGGACCCGCAGGACGGGCAGCGCUCCCGGCAGCCCGCAGGUGUGCGGCUUAUAGAGGGCGACCCCUAUGGCGCCCCGGGCCGCGUCCAGAGGCUGCGCGAGGACCUGGAGCGUUUCGGCGCGGAGGUGCAGGCGCUGGCGGAGCCGGCCGAGCUGGACAGCCACUGGCGGGAGCUACAGGAGCAGCAGGAGCGCGACGUUCGCCAGCUCUCCAUCGCUGUGGCGCGCUGCUACAGCAUGAAGAACCGGCGGCAGGACGUCAUGCCCUAUGACUGCAACCGUGUGCUGCUGAGCUCCGGCAAGGACGACUACAUCAAUGCCAGCACCGUGGAGGAGCUGUCCCCUUACUGCCCCCACUUCAUCGCCACGCAGGCCCCGCUGCCCGGCACCGCCGCCGACUUCUGGCUCAUGGUGUACGAGCAGAAGGUGUCGUUGGUGGUCAUGCUGGUGUCGGAGCAGGAGCUGGAGAAGCAAAAGGUGCCGUGCUACUUCCCGUCAGAGCGCGGCCAGCAGCUGUGCCACGGGCCCAUCGUGCUGACGCUCACCACGCAGAAGGCCACGCCCACUCAUGUGGAGCGUAUGAUCAGCCUGCAGUACCGGGACCAGAGUCUGCGGCGCACUGUCAUGCACCUGCAGUUCACCUCCUGGCCUGAGCUGGGGCUCCCAGACAGCCAGAGCAAUCUGAUCCGCUUCAUCCAGGAAGUCCAUGGACACUACCUGCACCAGCGCCCUCUACACACUCCGAUCGUAGUGCACUGCAGCUCGGGGGUGGGCCGUACUGGUGCUUUCUGCCUCCUGUAUGCAGCACUGCAGGAGCUCGAUGCUGGAAAUGGCAUCCCUGACCUGCUGUCACUGGUGAGGAAGAUGAGGCAGCAGCGGAAGAACAUGCUGCAGGAGAAGCUUCACCUCAAGUUCUGCUACGAAGCUGUCCUGAUGCACGCAGAGCAGGUUCUCCAGCGCCAUGGAAUCCCCAGCAUCCCCUGCAACAGAACCCCCAACAGUCCGGUUGUCAGGGCGUACUCGCGUCAGGAGUCCCAGGAUAUUGUCCUUGGUGGGGACAUGCCAAUCAGCUCUAUCCAGGCUACCAUCGCCAAACUGAGCAUUCGGCCACCGAGCAGCAGCCCGGAGCAGGGCGCAAUCUUGGGUUCCGACCUCCCCGGGAAGCCAGAGCCAAACAGCAUGACCGCCAUCCAUGCCCCCUACACUGCACCCCAGCCCCUGUCUCUCAGCCCUCCCCAUUCCCUAUCCCCCUCCCCACCAAUGAAGGUGCAGUCCCCUCCGCCUCCCACUACAGACCAGGGCAGCAGCCUGGAUGGCUCUGUCAAUCACCUCCCUGGCCCCACCCCUGCUGCCAAUCACCACCCGACUCCGCCCCAACCCACAAGCUCCUCCUCCUCCUCCCUGGAGCUGCUGGCUUCCCUUACGCCUGAGGCGUUCACUCUAGACAGCGGCAGCCGAGGGAAACCCCGGAUCAACAAGCAGAGCUUCCUGCAGCCACACAACGGGCAGGGCCUGCAGCGAGAGCCAUCCGGGGACGACCCGCUUAGCAGCCUGGACCCGCUGUGGACACUCAGCAAGACCUGAAGAGCCACUGCCCUCCUGUCCCUUAUGCUUUGUCCCUGUUCUCCCUUUCCAUUCUGUCCCUUGGGACCACAUCACUGUGGGUCUGUCUGCCUUGUGUUCCCCUGAACAUCUCUAGCGGCCCUCUGGCUAUCCAAGCAUGCUCUCCUGUCCUGCUGUGUAGCACCUCUGCCUCGUGCUGUGCUGUCCUCCUGUCUCUCCUCGUGUGGCCAGUCUGCAUGAGAAAGGCAGCGACUGUGGUGGGUACGUUCUGAGGUCCAGAAGAUCUAAAUUCCUAUCAGCUGUGUGUUGGGGGGGGGGGGGGGGUUUAAGAACACAGUAGAAUUUAACUGGAAUUGUGGACACAAGACGGCCGUGCUGGUUGCUGUUUGGCCAGGAUCCUAAUUAGCUUCUUGUAUAGCAGGUAUACACACACACACACACACACACACACACACACACUACAGUGGUGUAUCUGAUCUGAUUGGGUGAUUGUACGUAUAUAUGACGAACAGAAUGGAAGAUUAGUUAUUACUGAAAUUGGCUUUAAUAAUACUGAUUUCCCCAUUGCCUUGCUCGCUCUCUUACCUACAAAAACACACCAGAAUCAGCAGACCAGAAAUCGUAAUGCAUAUUUUUAACUCCUCUUUGCUUCUUUUCUUAUAACCCUGUAAAUACACCUGGAUUAAAGUAAGUGUUCUGAGAGUGA